UCAGGUUUCAGGUUUUCAAGUUGAAGUGCAGUUGCAAUGGUUAUUCGUCCUUCAUGAAUCCUAUUAUUACUUAUAUAAUUUGUUAAAUUUAUAAAUGAAACUACAUCCCUCAGUGAUUUUCCAUUAGGUGAUGUUGAAUCAAUUAAUAUAUAAAUCUACACCAUAUUAGACUACCUAUAGGUACUCUCUCUAGAAUGCUGUCCUAAAAUUUCAUUGUUUUGGACCUAUUUAAAAUGCCAUCCUUUCGUCAGAAAGUAGCUGGAUUUAUUCGACAACUAUCUAAUCCCUCAGAAAAUCGGCCUUUGGAAGAUCAUCAGCCUAGAUCAACGUCAGAUUGUUUCAUUCAACGAUACCUUAGUGGACGGGAAGUGAAUCGAGAUGAACCAAAGAUUGUUCAUGGACGAACAGCAUAUGACCUUCCUCCUCGGUCACUGGGAGUCAUCUCUAAGCCGGUUGUCACGGCGAUGACAGGGCCCAAUGGAGGGCUUACAACUGUCAACCAGCGACAGAGGCAUUUGUCCAUUUCUGAUCCAGAUGUGCACUUCAUUGACAUCGCAGACGAUGAUUCGCAGUCAGUCGGAUCUCGAGACGCCAACUCCAAUGUGCCAGUGGUAAAUGCCAACGUCAUUCCUCCCCCUCCAGAAUAUGCUGGGGCUGCCAUGUUCUCCCCACUCCAGAAGUCUGAGAGUGUUCCUAAUGCCUGUGAGAGAAUUCUCAACAAGCCAGAAAGUAGCACAAGUGUUGGAGACAUAGCUGGGGUGAGUGACUGGGAGGGAGGGACGACAUUUGCCUACGGUUGCUCAACAUCUCUGUACGAGCGACACCCCGUCACUACAGUGCCUGCAGGGGAGCCCAUCGCAGACUGCUUCGCCAUUGUGUCACGCAAGGACUCGGCUAUCCUGUGUCUGGCCGAUGGGGUUAACUGGGGUGUCAAAGCUAGCCUGGCUGCUAGAGCCGGUGUCCAUGGCAGUGUGCAAUAUCUCAACCAAGCCCUGUUUUCGUGGCCUAUUGGAUCCACAACGGAGGUUUUUGUCGCUCUUCUACGCUCCUUUCAUGCGGCACACAACUUGAUCCUCCAAGAGGAGGGUAUGUUAACAACAUUAACUACAGCUGUAGUUCUUCCUUUAAUGUCUGCCAACAGAUUUGUUGUCUGCGCUUGUAACGUGGGUGACAGUCUGGCUUACGUUUACAGUCCCAAGUAUGGUGUUCGAGAGAUCACUCAGGGUUCACACGACUUGCACAGAAUGCGAGAUAUGCGUGACGCACUCGGCGCAUUGGGACCGGUAGACGGUCAGAACCCAGAGCUUGGUAACCUCACGUGCUCCAUGACCGAGGUGGAACCGGGUGACAUCAUCUUCUUGACUUCCGACGGGGUUUCUGACAAUUUAGAUCCGGUUGUUGGGAAAUUCACAGGGUUGCCUACAGUGGAGGCGCACCAACGCCACAAACUGACAUUGCUGCGAACAGAAGACUUGUUAAGGAACGGAGUGUCUGGCGACGGACCUCCGUGUACAACGGCCAAGGACGUGGUCACUCUACUGAUGGACUUUGUCACUCGGUUGACAGCAGCCAAACGCAGGAUAUUGGAGGAUAUCGAGCUGUACCAGGAGGCGGGAGGAGGACCUCUGUCCAAGGGGGAGCAGAGGGCGAGACGCAAGGACGUUUGUGCAAAACUCGCCAUGGUCCCUGGUAAACUAGACCACGCCACCGUCGUUGCGUACACUGUCGGCAGCAGUCACUCGUGAUCUGCUCUCGGAACAGUUUAAAAUUAUCAUUGCACACUAUAAGUGUAAACCAGUAGUUUAUCUGAAAGUGUCAAUUGUUUUGCUACUUUCAUAAUUUAUUUUCUCAAAAACGAGUUGAAGAAAUGUAUGUGCAAUCUACUAUAGUUUUAUGUACGGUACCACAAAUUUUAUUCUAGUUAAUACUUUGUGUAAAUCUUUAUCUAUUUUGUAUAAUAUGCUCAGCUUGAAAGAAAAUUGAUUUCUUGUGAGACAACAUUGAAUACAUAAUCUAUUAAUAUACAGAUGAACGUCGGAAUUGUGCAAUUAUUCUCUUGAUAUCACAGAUGUCUUGAUUGAGGUUGUUGCUAUGAAAUCUAGUCAUAAGUAUCAUUUGAAGAAAGGUCAAAUUAUCGUUGGCUGGGUUGGUAGUUCAAAGACUCUUAGGACUUUGUGAAAAUAGACAUAUUUUUUUAGUUAUAAAAUAUGUUUUUCAUACUAAUUGUAUGACUAUGUAAGUAUGGCCCAGGCUUGGCUGAAUUCAAUGUGUCUUACAUAAUAUCCAGAGUUGGCCUUCCAAUGUG